AGAGAGAGAAUCUGUGAGAUCGCAAAAGAAAUCAAGAAAUCGCCUUUGUCCGAAUAGAAAACCCUAACGAGCGGAAGGAAGGAAGGAAGGGGAGGAGAUAAAAGACCGAGAAAGUACAGAGGGCAGAUUUCAAUUGGAUUCUGAGAUUAUUCAAUAAAGACAGAGGAGAAGAGGUUUUUGAGUGAUGGGGAAGAAGAAGAAGAGAGCUACGGAGAAGGUGUGGUGCUAUUACUGCGACAGAGAGUUCGACGACGAGAAGAUUCUUGUCCAGCACCAGAAAGCCAAACACUUCAAGUGCCAUGUCUGCCACAAGAAGCUCUCCACAGCUAGCGGCAUGGUCAUCCAUGUCCUCCAGGUUCAUAAAGAGAAUGUUACAAAGGUUCCUAAUUCGAAAGAAGGUCGAGAUUCAAUUGAUAUUGAGAUAUAUGGAAUGCAAGGAAUCCCACCUGAUGUCUUGGCUGCUCACUACGGAGAAGAAGAGGAAGAGGGUCCAGCCAAAGUUGCAAAAAUUGAAAUUCCUUCGGUCCCUCUUGGUGCUGCAGUUCCUAGACCAUAUGGAAUGGUAUAUCAGCCCCAUCAAGUGCCUGGUCCUGUGCCUCCGCGACCAAUGUACUAUCCUGGUCCUCCUAUGCGUCCUCCUGCUCCUGGAUGGCCUAUGCCUCCUCCCCGUCCACAGCAAUGGUAUCCACAAAAUCCACCAGGCUCUGUUCCUCCACCUGCCCAUUUAGGGUAUCGACCACCACAACUCUUUCCUGUUCAUGGUAUGGGGAUGAAUAUGCCAACAUCAUCUUCUGUUGUCAAUGGAGUCACUCCUCCUGGGAUUCAACCAACUUCUCCCGCUAUGCCGGUUGCUCAACCUCUGUUUCCUGUUGUGAGUAACAGCACUCCUUCUCAGUUUUCUGCUCCCCUUCCCGUUGGUGGGGCUCAGCAGCCGCCUAAUACCGAUGCCACCAUAGGAUCAUCCAAUGCAUAUCCGCCUAACAACUCUUUUCCAGUGGGUGGAACUAAUUCUCAUUCGUAUGCAUCUGGUCCAAACACUAGUGGUCCUUCCAUUGGUCCACCUCCUGUGAUUGCAAAUAAAGCUCCUACUAGCUCUCAGCCUAAUGAGGUCUAUCUUGUAUGGGAUGAUGAAGCCAUGUCUAUGGAGGAAAGAAGAAUGUCCUUACCGAAAUACAAAGUCCAUGAUGAAACUAGCCAGAUGAACUCGAUAAAUGCAGCCAUAGACAGACGUAUCUCAGAGAGUAGGCUCGCCGGACGGAUGGCGUUUUAAAGUUUUGGCACCAAACCAAACAUGAGUCGGAGAAACCAUCCAAGAAAGGCGAUGAUGAUGGUGGUCUUUUGUGACAAACUCUUGACUCACAUUUACAGAAGCUGAACUUGUGAUCUGAAUUUAAGCUCUUCCUAUCUAUAUGUUGUAUUGUUAUUUGUUAGGUAUUAUUGCUUUAUUUUAGAGAUCUCAGAUUUUUUUGCAAAAGUUCCUAUUUUAUUUUCUUAUUUGAGACAUGGAGGAAUAACUUAGGUAUUUUUUUC